AUGUGCCCGAGGGCUGGAAGAAAGCAAAGAGCCCGUGGGCUGCUGAGCAGUGCCGUGGCUGGAAAAGUGGCUGAGGGGCCGGGGCCAGAGGCUGGAGGAGCGAGAGGCGCCUUCUCCUCCUCCAGGAGGAACUGGUGGUGGCCAAGUUGCAGUAAGACCCUCGGAGCCCCGCUGCCUUUCCCCCGUCCCUGGCCCUGGGAGCGGGGCAGGGACAGCCGGGCACCAGCCCCAGGCCCCGGGACCUUGCUGCUGGAUGCACCGGUGUCCGGCCCAAGGGCAGGUGGGGGACAGGGCUCUGUGCGGGGGCACCCCAGGGAGGCCACCUCCAUCUCGCCGCCCGCCUCUCCUCUCUGCAGACGUGGCACCAGCGUGCGCCCACAGCUCCGCCUGCCCCUGGACCAGCUGUGGGUGCUGAGCGGCAGGAAGAAGGUGGCGUGGGAGGAAGAAGGACUGGAGGAGGAAGAAGGCAGCAAUGAGGACAGCACCUCCCUCGUCUUCAUCUGGCCCACCGGCUCCUGCGUUGCCAGUUUCGGCUCCCGGGCGCUGAAGGAGCUGUGGCUGGGCACACUGCUGAGGACACCCGAAGGAGCCAAGAGAGCCCGCGUGAGCCGUCUCCCAUCGCUCAAACUCCUGCAGAAGGAGCUGAGCCGCCGCCACGCCUGGAGGACAUUCAGCGCCAGGAGCCUGGAGAGGCUGCUGGAGGGCCAGGCAGAGGCUGAGCCCAAGCAAAGGCCAACGACGGUCCCGUCUAACAACGAAGGGAUGGUCUCACCAGGUGAGUUUUGGAAAGAAAGGCAAGCUCCUCCUGCAAGCGCCUGAGCUGCGCUCACUUGUCCCUUGAGUGUCGCCAUGCAGGUUGGGCACCCCAAGGCAGGACGUCAGCCGGAGGAGGAAGGACACCCGCUGGGCAGCGGCCGCUGGACGUGGUUCUGCAGGGACACGCAGCCUCUGCUGCUGCUGCUGCUGCUGCUGCUGCUGCUGCUGCUGCUGCUGCUGCUGCUGCCCACAGCUUGGAGCAGGGCAGGGCGAGGGCUGGGCCAGGCUGUCCCACUGUCCCGCCGGCUCGCAGGAGCCUCCGAGCCGGAGCCGCUGAGCCGAGGCCGUGGUUCCAGCCGCUGGCUCCCUGCCCGUCCUGCCGCACCGCUCAGCACCGCGCUGCAGGCAGGGCAGGGCAGGGCAGGCUGCGGGAAGCGCUGGCCGGGCGGUCUCCAUUGACGGGCUCGGGC